CGAAAAUCAUAACAGCUUUUCCACAAUGUUGCUCCAUCAAAGGAUAAAACUUUGGUACAGGUUUUGACGAAUGUAAUGGAAAGCGAAAAACAAACUACUGAGAGAGAGACGCCGCCUCAGCCCUGGAGAAGUUGCAAGUUGAUUAUUGACCCUGCAUUGACAAAAGGACUGUACAAAGUGUACCGUUAUGAUGGACAAUACUUUAACAUACCCGUUGAGGACUUAGGUCUGUUUCCUGUUGAUACUGUCAGAGAUCCUCGCAUCUGCCGCCUGUGGAGCAAAAGCCAUAAGAGUGACCUUUCAGUGCCUAAAUUUAAGGUUGAUGAAUGGUAUGUCGGCCCUGUUCCUCCCAAAGAAGUGACAUUUUCCAGGUUGAAUGACAAUGUCAGGGAGGCCUUCUUGACUAAUAUGUGCAAAAAAUAUGGGAAUAUUGAAGAAGUGGAAAUAUUCUACAAUCCUAAAAACAGGAAGCAUUUAGGGAUUGCAAAGGUUAUCUUCGACACAGUGCGGGCUGCAAAAGGCGCUGUCCAGCAUCUCCAUCAGACGUCAGUGAUGGGAAAUGUUAUUCAUGUCGAAAUUGAUCCUAAAGGGGAAAACAGGGCGCGAUAUCUCCAGCUCCUCUUAUGUGGCCUUUAUACUCCUUGGACGUUGCCAGUGGGCAGCAGUGAACAAGCUCUUCAAAGCUUGAUCAACAGUUUGCUGGGCAGUGCAGCCACACAGCGACAGGGAAGUGUCUCCAGCCCCACCAGCAUUGCUACACCUCUCUCUCUGGACACAGCUUACUCCAGUAUUUGGCAGGAUACGCCUUGCAGCUUUGGGCUUACACCACAUUCUCAGGGAACCCCCCACACUCCCUGCUUGUCUGCGACUCCUCUCUCCCAGGACUCUUGCUACUCCAGUCUUCAGGCGACUCCGGUGCUCCAGUUGGAGCCUUCAACCUAUAGUGUUCACAAACCUCUAAGACGAGAGCUCUGCCAUCGCACACCCGCGAGGUAUCAUAGGAGAUCUGGUGAAGUCUCAGAUGUCAGCUUAAUUUUGAAGCAUUGCCAACCACAGCCACCGCACACCCUCUCUACCCAAAUACAAACUAGCAGCCAGCAGCUUGCACUGUGGGGUCACAGUGCACAAUCCUCCACUCACAAUGAUACAGAACCUUCCUUUAACCUUGCUUCCCCCGGUAAAGAGUCCAGAGACGUCGUCAUUGAUGCCUCUAAGACUUUACCUCUGAACUGUAACUCUGUCAGCAUCCUGAGCAUUAAUUUCACAUCUGACCAGCAGACAGCAGCGUCCUUCCCCCCUGACGACCACGCAUGCAUAACAGACUUAUCUCCAUCUGCUGUAAACUGUUUCUCCAGCAGCCCCCAAGCAGAGGUAGAAAGUUUGGAUUCCCGCAUUGAAAAUUUGCUGAUAAACAGCCAGAGCACUGACCCCUCAUACUUUGAUAGACAGACUUUGCAGGCUGAUGUGCACUUUCAGGACAGCCCAACUUCACCUUGCUCAGCUAAUAACUCCCCUCUCUCAGAUGACUCACUUGUUUGCACUUUGAUUUCUCCUGGACCACUUGCAGGCAGCAACCAGCAAUCCAACAAUGAUCUGGUGAAUGUCAGUCUAACAUCUCUCAACGAAAAUGAAGAUGAUGAAACUACUCAAGCUGUUUUUUUUCUUAAAAGAAACUCCCUAUCUCCCACUCCAUCUUAUCCCACGCAUUUCGAAAGGAGGGCGCACAUAAGCAACGAAAAAGAUGCAGAAAGGUUCCAGUCAUUAUCUGUUCCAAAGGAGCAUCAUGCAGCAGAUGAGGAUGAGGAGCAAACAACCAACAGACAAUCUGGAGCUCUGACACCAACAACAGACAUCUCUCUUCCUCAUUCCUUGUCAUUUUCUUCUCAACACCUUAGACCCAAAGCUCCUCCUGCCAUUCCACCAGUCACCCCUUUCCCUUUCCCCAUCCCACCCUUUCCUCCAUCUAUUCCACCAGUCCCCCCUCGCCUUCCAAAUGGCACCAUCCCCAUCCCACCUCCAAGCUGGAUCCCCCCUCCUGGCCAUCACAUCCGCAUACCCAUUCCUCCUCCUCCUAUUCCACCUCCUCCUUCUAUUCCUCCCCCACCCCUUUUUCUGGGACCCCCUCCACCUUUGAUGGUGCCGCCCUCUGUUCCACCUCCCAUGCACUCGUACCCUUUACCCAUGCAGCCCGAAGGCCGUUUGGAUAAGGGGAAUCCUCCGAAGCAUGGCAGUGCACCUUUACCAUUCCCUCGACCACCCUGGCCCGCUCCACCUUUUCCCAGGUUUAACCCCUUUGUGCCACCACCAGACUACACGGUUGUGCGGGAAGACCCUCACAAGGUCACAGCAGAAAAAGUUUUAGAAGUCCUCAUGGAUGAGCUGAAGUCAAUCAUUAAGAAGGACAUUACACGUAGAAUGAUUGAAGGAGUGGCUUUCAAGGCAUUUGAGGACUGGUGGGACUGUCAGGAGAAGAAGACAAAGAUACAAGUUUCUCCUUUGAAAAGUGGAUCAGGAAGUGUGGAAGAGACGAAGAAACAAACAAAUCCCCUCAGUCACAUCAGUGGCCAGGGCCAAAAGCCUCCACUACCGUCCUUCAAGGUAAAAAGGAAAAGAGCCGAUGAUAGUGCUACUAUAAAAGAGACAGAAAAUGUGUCGUCCUCUACGCAUGAAAAUUCUGAUGUGAAACAGGGGGAUGACACAGUGAAACAGAAACGCAGACACGCAAGACCACACGAGCUUGACAGUGAUGAUGAUGAUGAUGAUGAUGUUGAAGGGAAAGAAGCGGCUAACCCAAUUCAAGAUGAAGAAAUGACAUCAGAUAAAGCUGAGGAUAUUGUGCCAGAUGACGAUGCUCCUCAAAACCUGUGUGACAGAGAUCAUGAUGAUGAUGAUGAUGAUGACAGUAAUCAUCCCGAGGAAGAAAACACAGUGGCACAAAAACACUUGGAGGAUCAAGUAGCCGUCAUCUCCCACAUUAGUGAUGGAGCGCAGUGCUCAGAUGGCGAUAGUUUUUCAGAGAGCUGCUCCUCAGGGGAAAGCGAGUACUCGUCAGACUUUGACUCUUCGGACUCGUUAUCCUCAGAGAGCUUUGAGGACUCGUCCUCCUCUAACCUCAGUCCCGAAGAUGAAGACAUGGAGAAGGACGACGAGGACGACAGGAGUGUCGAGUGUAUCGUGAUAUUGUCAGAUGAAGAGUCAAUGGAGCUUGGGCCUCCCCUUAACUCUGCCGCCCCGCUAACCCCUGGUGCUCAGCUAGAUCUGUGCAUGCAGGACUGGUCAGACCCGUUUCAAAGGGGGGAAAGAGAAGAGAGCCAGUACACAUCCUGUCAACAACACACCUGUGACAUGGAUGCCUUGAUGGAGCUCCAACCAAGAGAACCCCAGGACCUACAGCCUCCGUCACCUCUAGGACUUCCAGCAGUGGAGCCAGACCUUGAUGUGGAGAUGGAGAGCCCUGAGUGGACGGUGGAGUCUCUAGAAACCAUAGAAAAUCUGAGGCCUCUCACUCCGACUGGCUGCCUGGUGGACAGUGACCCUGACCUUCUGAUAAAAAGCAAACCAACAUCUCCUGCUGUGGAGGAAGUGGAACGGCCACAAACACCAGGGAAGGGCAUAGUGGCUGAACUGGAAAGUGAGGACUCAGAUGAAGUCUUGUCCCUCUCUCCAGUGAGCAGUGAGCUUGUUCUAGCUCCCUCUGAUCUCCCAGCAGCCCCAUACCUAUUCUACCAGGAUAUACCUAAAACCCCUGGCAGAGAGGAGAGAAGUGGAUGGCCUCAGCAAGGCUCUGGGAGAGCUCCAGCAACACCUGGCAGAGCGAUGACAAUGUUAGACGGUAGCACAGUGAUGUGCCCACCUCUUAGCAGUCCUCCACCUAUUCCAUCCCUGUCCAGUAAUCCUUAUAUAACAGCCCCAAAGACUCCUGGAAGAGACAUUAUCUUAACCCGAAUAGCAGACGCCCACAGGAGGAAAACGCCAAUGGUGGCCUCCUCCUUGUUGUUUGACGACUCUCUCGGAGGCUCUCCCAUCACAGUGUCCUCUCCAUGCAGCCUUACUGAAUCCGCAUCUGACAUUGAUGAUGGGAGGGGUGUGUGGAUCAGUUCAUGUGUGAGAGCGAAGCCCUUGCAGGGACUGGAGAAUAUGCCCGGCCUUUUGGAUGAGGAGAAAUCCUUAUCUAGGCGAAAACAGUGGAGGAGGCUAAAGAGGAGAUGGAGAAACCACCAUCAGCAGAGAUCACGUAAAAGAAUCACUGGUUCACUCUCCUACCACAGUCGUCCUCACAGGUGGCGUUCACUGUAUGAAGAGGGGAGAAUCCUUCACAGUGUUUGGAAAGAGGGUCUGGAUGAAGAAGAUGCAAGGCUGCUGCAGAGUACAUAUGAAAGGCUGCACGAGCAGGAUAAUGGCUUUGGGUGGCUCAGUGACACUCUCUGGAUACCUCACCCUCUGACUAAAGUCCUCGUAGAAAAAAGUGAGGAGCACAAAUCCUGGCAGCGAAAUCACAGGACCGGCUCUGCUCGCAGCGAAGGCUUCUAUAAAAUCAGCAGGAAGGACAAAAUGAAAUACCUCAACAACACAAGGCUGCUCAGUACUCAGGGAACGUCCAUCCCCGCCCAACAACCGACCUCCCUGCUGCGUGCUGGAUCUGACUUCAGGUCUGAACAGCGCCGCCUGCUGUCCUCGUUCAGCUGUGAUAGUGACCUGGUCAGGUUCAAUCAGCUGAAGUUUCGAAAGAAGAGGAUUUGCUUCAGCCGGAGUCACAUCCAUGAGUGGGGGCUGUUUGCCAUGGAGCCUAUAGCUGCGGAUGAGAUGGUGAUUGAGUACGUGGGCCAAAUCAUCAGACAGGUCAUCGCUGACAUGAGGGAGCGGAGAUAUGAGGAGGAAGGCAUUGGAAGCAGCUAUUUAUUCCGGGUGGAUCAGGACACCAUCAUUGAUGCCACUAAAUGUGGGAACUUAGCCAGGUUUAUCAACCAUAGCUGCAAUCCUAACUGCUAUGCUAAGAUCAUCACUGUGGAGUCUCAGAAGAAGAUAGUGAUAUACUCCCGGCAGCCAAUAAGCAUCAAUGAGGAGAUCACAUAUGACUACAAGUUUCCCAUCGAGGAAACAAAGAUUCCUUGUUUGUGCGGAGCAGAUAGCUGCCGCGGCUCCUUGAACUGAUCUCUAAGGAAGUGU